GCCCUUCGCCACCACGCCGCCUGCCACUCACUUCUGUUGCCGGGCGUAUGCGCUCAGCUGAGACAGAGGGGAAGGGAGGAAGGCCCCCAUGGUGGCAACCUGGCAAUCCUUGGUGAUGCCUGUUAAAGCCCGGAAGGGCUCGGGGCUGACGCUGGGUCCUGCCUCCCCAGGAGCCUUCCUUGCGGAUCUGGAGACCUCAGAAGAGUUGCAGGCUCAGAGUCUGGGCAGGCCCGUCAAAUCCAAGAAGCAGUACCUGCGGCAGGUCAUUGCAGAAUACGAGGCCCUGGACCGCGAGCUCCCGUGCAUCCGGAAGUUCGCCACACCGCCGGCUGCCCAGCCCCUCUGCCUCUGCAUGGAGACUUCGCCCGAGGAGGAUUUUACCCACCUGGAGGUGCUGGAGGCGCUGGAGGCCGAGUUACCCGGGGCCAUGGAGAGCGGCCGCGUGAGCAGCAUCCGUUUUGAGAACAUGAACGUCAUCUGUGGGACUGCAGGGCGCCGGAACCGGUGGCUCAUCACGGUCACGGAUUUUCAGACUCGCUCGCGCCUGCUGCGCUCCGGGCUGCGGCCCCGCGGGCUCGAGCACCAGCUCGUGCGCCACGAUGACCUGCUGCUGGGUGACUACCGCCUGCACCUGCGCCGCUCCCUGGUCCGGCGGCGCAUGCUCGAGGCGUUGGGGGCCGACCCGACCGAAGUCUGAGGCUUCCGGGGGGGGG